AGGUUACUUUGCUGAGAGUUCUCAGACCUAUAGUUUCUGUCCUAGUCUCAGCCUCCAAUCCUUAAGAGACACCCAGCCCCAGCAAUUGGAUUGGGCAGCCUGUCUUGACACACCACUGUGCUGAGUGCUUGAGGACGUGUUUCAACAGAUGGUUGGGGUUAGUGUGUGUCAUCACAUUCGAGUGGGGAUUAAGAGAAGGAAGACUGCCUUGCUGGAGCUGUGUGGUCUUCUCCAAGUGUGAGUUGCAAGCACUAGAACUCUAGCUUUUGGAAGAAGGCGAGGAAUUCAUUUCCAGCAGCUCCAAGAAAAGCAGUUUGUUCAGGUACUAUAGGCCACCUACCUUCUUCUGGACAGCUGAAUUUGGUCAACGGCACACAAGUUCAUCAAGACAAAAUAGUUGCAGAAAAUCUUCAAAGGACUCCAUCGGCAGAUGUUCCAUAUACCUCUGCAGCACAGAAAUUGAUUACUCAGACCAAAUACUUAAUUCAAGGUACUAUCUACUUCUAAAACGUAUUAACAUGUGAAGCCUUAUCUGGAGAUUAUAAACUGGCAAUGAAAUUGAAAUAGGCAAGGGGCAAUUUGGAAAACAAAUGAAGGAAGUAAGCUUGUAAAAUAUUCGAGUAUGCAGAAAAGAUCUCUGACCCAAGAAACAAGCAUUUGGUCUGUUUUGCAACACUGAAACAUCUACAAUGAAGUCCUAUUGCUGGACUCUAGUUUUGGCUGUUCUGGGUACAGAAUUGCUGGGAAGCUUCUGCACCACUGUCAAAUCCCCACGGUUCAGAGGGCGUGUGCAGCAGGAACGAAAAAACAUCAGACCCAAUAUUAUUCUUGUGCUCACAGAUGACCAAGACGUGGAACUGGGAUCCUUGCAAGUGAUGAAUAAAACAAGAAAAAUCAUGGAGCGUGGGGGAGCCACUUUUAUUAAUGCCUUUGUUACCACCCCUAUGUGCUGCCCCUCUCGGUCCUCUAUGCUCACAGGGAAGUAUGUCCACAACCACAAUGUGUACACGAACAAUGAGAACUGUUCCUCGCCUUCCUGGCAGGCAAUGCAUGAACCACGCACAUUUGCUGUGUAUCUCAACAACACCGGAUACAGAACAGCUUUCUUUGGAAAAUACCUCAAUGAAUAUAAUGGCAGCUACAUCCCUCCUGGGUGGCGAGAGUGGCUUGGAUUAAUCAAGAAUUCUCGUUUCUAUAAUUACACUGUUUGUCGCAAUGGCAUCAAAGAGAAGCAUGGAUUUGAUUAUGCCAAGGACUACUUCACAGACUUAAUCACUAACGAGAGCAUUAAUUACUUCAAAAUGUCUAAGAGAAUGUAUCCCCAUAGGCCCAUAAUGAUGGUUAUCAGCCAUGCCGCACCCCACGGCCCCGAAGAUUCAGCACCACAGUUCUCAGACCUCUAUCCAAAUGCUUCCCAGCACAUUACUCCCAGUUACAACUACGCACCAAAUAUGGAUAAGCAUUGGAUAAUGCAGUACACAGGACCCAUGCUGCCCAUCCACAUGGAAUUUACAAAUGUUUUGCAGCGGAAAAGGCUUCAGACUCUGAUGUCAGUUGAUGACUCUGUGGAAAGGCUAUAUAAUAUGCUUGUGGAAACUGGAGAACUGGAUAACACCUACAUCAUUUACACUGCAGACCAUGGGUACCAUAUUGGGCAGUUUGGAUUGGUCAAGGGGAAAUCCAUGCCUUAUGACUUUGAUAUCCGUGUUCCUUUCUUUAUUCGUGGACCAAGUGUAGAACCAGGAUCAAUAGUGUCUCAGAUUGUGCUGAACAUUGACCUGGCUCCCACCAUCCUGGAUAUUGCUGGGCUCGACACUCCUCCCGAUGUGGAUGGCAAGUCAGUCCUCAAACUGCUGGACCUAGAAAAACCAGGUAACAGGUUUCGAACAAACAAAAAGACCAAAAUUUGGCGUGAUACAUUCCUAGUGGAAAGAGGCAAAUUCCUGCGCAAGAAGGAAGAACCUAGCAAGAAUGCCCAACAGUCAAAUCACUUACCCAAAUACGAGAGGGUCAAAGAACUUUGCCAGCAAGCACGGUACCAAACAGCCUGUGAACAGCCUGGACAGAAGUGGCAGUGCCUUGAGGACACGUCUGGCAAACUUCGAAUUCACAAAUGUAAAGGAUCCAGCGACCUGCUCGCAAUCCGGAAGAGAACUCGAAGUAUCCACUCCCGGGGCUUCAGUAACAAAGACAAAGACUGUAAUUGUGGGGAGACUGAUUAUCGGGCUAGCAGGAGCCAGAGGAAAAACCAGAGACAGUUCCUGAGAAACCAUGGCACUCAAAAAUACAAGCCAAGGUUUGUUCAUACUCGCCAAACCCGCUCCCUAUCUGUGGAAUUUGAAGGAGAAAUAUAUGAUAUCAACUUAGAAGAAGAAGAACUGCAACUGUUGCGCCCAAGAAGUAUUUCAAAGCGCCAUGACGAAGGCCUUAAGUCUCCAGGAGUCCACAAUGCUGCUGCUGUUGGUGGUGACGGUGAAUUAAUGCUGGCUGACGGCCCCAAUGCAGUGGGACAGUCAGAUACUGUCCGAGUGACACAUAAGUGCUUUAUUCUUCCAAAUGACACAAUCCAUUGUGAGAGAGAACUAUAUCAAUCAGCCAGAGCCUGGAAAGACCACAAGGCAUACAUCGAUAAGGAGAUUGAAGCUCUCCAAGAUAAAAUUAAGAAUUUAAGAGAAGUGAGAGGACACCUGAAGAGAAGAAAGCCUGAUGAAUGUGAUUGUAACAAGCAGAGCUAUUAUAAUAAAGAAAAAGGUGUGAAAGCCCAAGAGAAAUUGAAGAGCCACCUUCACCCGUUCAAAGAGGCUGCUCAAGAAGUGGAUAGCAAACUACAGCUUUUCAAAGAGAAUCGGAGAAGGAAGAAGGAGAGGAAAGAGAAGAAGAGGCAAAAGAAGGGGGAUGAGUGCAGCCUGCCUGGACUUACUUGUUUCACACAUGACAACAACCACUGGCAAACAGCACCAUUUUGGAACUUGGGAUCUUUCUGUGCCUGCACAAGCUCUAACAACAAUACCUACUGGUGUCUGCGAACAGUCAAUGAGACGCACAACUUCCUUUUCUGUGAGUUUGCUACUGGCUUCUUGGAAUAUUUUGAUAUGAAUACAGAUCCCUACCAGCUCACAAAUACAGUCCACACAGUAGAAAGAGGCAUCUUGAACCAGUUGCACAUCCAGCUGAUGGAGCUGAGAAGCUGUCAGGGUUAUAAACAGUGCAAUCCAAGGCCUAAGGGACUUGAAGCAGGAAAUAAAGAUGGAGGAAGCUAUGACCCACACAGAGGACAGUUAUGGGAUGGAUGGGAAGGCUAAGCUGCCAAACUUCACUGAAGAUAUCAACUGGCAAGGACUGGAAGAUUUAUACAGUGUAAAUGAAAGUUCUUAUGAAUACAGAUACAACUAUAAACUGA